AUGAUAAGCAUUAACGUUAUUGAUCUUCAUAUAAGAAAGGUACAGAUUGGAAGAAGUAAUGAAGCAGUACUGAUUGCAGUAGAUUCAUCAAUCUCGCCAGUUGAGCUACCAUUACCUGGUCCAAUCUCGGCAUCAGUUCGUUCCGGUGUUAUCAGUUGCUCAGAAAAUGAUUUUCGCUGUAAUGAUGGAAAAUGUAUCAGGUUUGAAUGGAAAUGUGACGGAUCAGGUGAUUGUUCAGAUGGCGAAGAUGAGAAGGAUUGCCCACAUCCUGGCUGCAAAUCGGAUCAGUGGCAGUGUGAUAAGUACGAAUGGCGCUCAGUUUCCUGUAUUCCGGAAUACCAGCGAUGUGACAAUAUCACAGACUGUGCAGAUGGUUCAGAUGAAGUGGACUGUCCGGGAAUGAGCGUAUCCUGCACUGUUAAUGAUGGCUCAGUAUUUCAAUGUGCUGAUGGAAGACAGUGCUUUGAUAUUUCAAAGAAAUGUGAUGGAAAGUAUGAUUGCAGAGAUUUAAGUGAUGAAAAGGAUUCUUGUCCACACAAUCAUACAGCAUGCUUUCAACAUCAAUUUCGUUGUGCGGAUCAAUCACAAUGUAUUCAAAAAUCCUGGGUUUGUGAUGGUUCAAAUGAUUGUGCUGAUGGUUCAGAUGAACCAUCAACAUGUGAAUUCAAACAAUGUAGCAGUGGUGAAUUUCAAUGUAAAAAUAAGCGUUGCCAACCACGAAAGUUCCGUUGUGACUAUUACGAUGAUUGCGGUGAUAAUUCUGAUGAAGAAGGAUGUGGACAGUAUCUUUGUCCACCACAGCAAUGGAAUUGUCCUGGUUCGGGUCAUUGCAUUCAUAAAACUAAAUUAUGUGAUGGGAAAAAUGAUUGUUCGGAUGGUGCAGAUGAGAAGAAUUGCUCAUCAAAUCUUUGUCCAUCGUUGGGAUGUCAAGCCGGAUGUCAUUCAUCACCGUCUGGUGGAGUUUGUACUUGCCCCGUUGGCUAUAAGUUAGAUGAACGAUUUCAUAGAACUUGUUCGGAUAUCAAUGAAUGUGUUGAAUGGGGUUACUGUGAUCAAGGUUGUCAGAAUCAUCGUCCUGGAUUUGCCUGUUCAUGUCUUAGUGAAUGUUAUCAUCUGGAAAUGAUGCAUGGUCCUAGUAGUGAUAAUCAUACUCUGCGAGGAUACUGCUUAUCACGAGACUCAGAAACUAUGCGAUUAUAUAUAGCUAGAAGAGAGGGCUUGUACAGGAUAAAUCCGAAUAAUCCAAAUGAAGAGGCAAAAAAACUGGUUACCGGUGAAUUUAUUUAUGGUAUCGGAUUUGAUUUCGGUGAUAAGAAGAUGUUUUGGACCGAUCGAUUGUCACAUUCAGCAUUCAGUGGUGAUAUUGAUGAUGAUGGUGAUAUAAAAAAUAUUAAGAAACUUGAUUUAAAAAAUUUAAUUUUUCCGCGAAAUUUGGCCGUUGAUUGGAUUACAAAUCAUUUAUAUAUCGUUGAAUCGGGUUCAAAACGAAUUGAUAUUUCAACUUUUGAUGGUGAAAGGCGAACUGUUUUAAUUGCUGAUGACUUGAUAUUACCAUUGGAUAUUGCCCUUGAUCCAAUUCGAGGUGAGAUGUUUUUUUCAAAUCAAUUCAAAUUGGAAGGUGCAGCAAUGGAUGGAACACAACGGUAUACGCUAAUUGACACCCACACACAUCAAGUGAGUGGUGUCGUAGUUGAUAUUGCCGCUAAACGAGUUUAUUGGGUUGAUCCGAAAGUUGAUCGAGUAGAAUCAAUCGAUUACAAUGGAAACGAUCGAAGAGUUGUUGUUCAGGGGAUGAAUAGUGUCCCACAUCCAUUUGGUCUUACCAUAUUCGAUCAGUAUCUCUACUGGACAGAUUGGACACGUCUUGGCGUUAUGCGUGUUGAAAAGUUUGGCUCAUCAACAGAUAUUAUUUGGACAAAAAAAGAAAAUAAUGUCUUUCCAAUGGGUAUCGCAGCAUAUCAUCCGAUGACUCAAAUCGGACCUCAAGAAAGUGAAUGCCUUGGUUUGAAGGUUGACAAUCCGUGUGUUGAAGCUGACUGUCAGGGAAUGUGCAUUUUAACCAAAGAUACUAAUGGAGUUGGUGUUGGCUAUCGAUGUGUUUGCCCUAUUGGACAG